AUGACCCGUCGCGCGAUGUCUUCAUCCCCGCUCAAAGAUCCCCAGUUGACGGAGAGCCCGCCAGCUUCAUCCAAGCUAGAUAAUCAAUCAUACUGGCCCGCCAUUGGAAGCAAAGAACAGAUUCCAGGAUGGCUGCGCGAUAAUGACUAUAUUUUGGAAGGCCACCCGAUGCCCACAUAUUCCUACACGCGAUCUUUGCGCCUGUGGCGCUGUUUACAUAUGGAAACAAUGAACAUAUGGACCCAUUUAUUAAGCUCCAUGGGCUUUAUUGCUGUUGCAAUUGCAUUCAAUUACUCGGUAUCGCUUUCAAAGGACUUUGAUGUCACCCGCGCCGAUGUUCUUGCUUUCGGGUCCUUCUUGUCCUCGGCAACUAUCUGCUUUGGCCUCAGUGCUGGGUUUCACACCCUCAGAAGCCACUCUUACAACAUUCAUCAUCUCUGGGGCAAGAUGGAUAUCCUCGGCAUCUGCUUCCUUGCCCUUGGAGCCGGUACCUCUAUGACUUAUUACGCGUUUUACUGCAGACCCUUGGUUCAACGGGUAUAUUGGGGACUCAAUAUUCUCUCGGCAAUUGGCGCUGCCAUCACGUUGUUCGAUACCGGUGGUGGAGGGAACAAAAUGAGAACUUUGCGAGGAGGUGUUUUCUCUUUACUCGCUAUCUCUGCCAUGUUGCCUAUCCUGCAGAGUGUGAUUGAACUAGGCUGGACUCGCGCGAGUAAUGAGAUCGGGGCUGGGUGGUAUCUCGCAGAAGCGCUCACCCUUUUAGUCGGAGUGAGUGUUUUUGUCUAUCGAUUUCCAGAAAGACUGAGUCCUGGCACCUUUGAUAUUUGGGGCCAUUCACAUCAGCUUUGGCAUAUCUUCGCGGUGAUUGGCAGUGCUUUCCACGUUGUUGCUUUGGUUGGCGCAUACAACUAUCGUCGAGAAAACAAGAUAUGUUGA